AUUCAUGUCAAUUUGUGUAGAUCUACUGUUUACUCUGAGUCUAGGAUUGAUAACUUGUUACCCUGCUUUGUAUCGUUGGCACUUCCCAAUACAGAUUAUAGUCAAUAUAGAAAAUCUAAUCUAGAUACUAUCAGACCACUCUGGUCUUACAGUGUCUGUGCUAACUAACUUACUAAGACAAUGAGACCCGACGAACACAAAAGAAAGAAAAACGAAGCAUAUAAAAGGAAACACGGCAUAACUGGCGCAUCGAAAUCGAAUGUUGACAAAAGUCUCAAAAACAAAGAUUCCGAUGAUAAAAAGAAAGGCAAACAUAAACACAAUACUGUCAAUGAAAAAACGGACACAAAUGCCCAACAAACACAGAUAGCAAUUAAAAAGAUAGAGACUGCAUCACAAGAAAAAAGUAUACAAUCUUACUCCUUAUCAGGCUCAUCUGAUUCAGAAGAAAAUGAGAAUGCAGAAGUUACAAAAAGUAAAAAGACUUAUAGAAGGCGUCAGAUUGAGAGUAAUUGGCAGAAGUAUGAAUUGGACCCAAGUGCUGAGGAGGAACGUGUGACAUCAAGAGGAGAGAACUUUGACAAGCUUAUGAGCAUGACAGGGAAAGCUUUAUCACAUUUCCGUUUCAAAGAUGAAUUGGAAUGGGAACAUGAUGUGGUUGCUGAUGACUUGAGAAGCUCCCAUCAAAUUCUAAAUAUAGAUUCAUCUCAACUUUCUCAAUAUUUGUCCUGCAUCCCAGUUCACAAAGUUCUAGGCAUCAGCUCUGAUAUAUUUACACCGUCUCAGGUGGAAGAAAUGAUUGAAGAGGCCAAAAGAAAUGCAGGUGUUUUGUCGCAUGAUACACAUGAGACUAAAAGCUUGCAAGAUGAAAUGAAUAGGACAAACCAUGCUCCUGCCACAAACCUUCAUAAGAUUGAUCAUCCUGUUUCUAAUUUGAGUCCAUUAGAAAGUACAACUUUACUUAAGACUGUAACUAAGCCACAUGUAGAGAGGCCUACAACAGAAAACCAAGUGACACAUGAGCCAUCACUUAAUUCUACUUGUAUUGAGGUUGUGGGCAAAAAAGCUGCUUUAGACAGACUGAGCUUAGAAGAUGAGGAUUUAGAUUUACUACUAGGUGACUCGAGGGCUAAUACAACAACAUUGGAGGAGCAGAAUAUGUUGAAUACAUCUCUUUCAAGUAAAUUGUCAAAUAUUGUAGACACUACACAUUCAACACCAGCACCACUCAAAGUAUCAUCUAAAGUAGAAGACAGUUUAGAGGACUGGCUGGACAGUGUUCUGGAUGACUGAUCAAUGAAACACAUGUACAACUUAACAUGAUAUGAAUCAUUUUGUUUUUGUUGAAAAAAAGUAUAUAUAUGUUACUGGCACAGUGCGAAAUGUCUAAGCAUUCUAUAGAGACGUCCAGGCAAAGUGAGAAAUAAUUUCUCCAUUUCCUACUUUGCCUAGGCAUUGUAUAGAAUGACUACAACUGCUUUAGGCAAUGCUUUAAAAUUUAAAUGAUGAUUGAAAGUAUUUUAUUAAUAAUAUAAAUUUCUCUGAAUAAUAUUUCUACUCGCUAGUAAUGUAAAUAAUUUAGUCUUCCUCUUUAAAGUGUGUAGUUUAAUUAGGACUGCCUAAGUGUGCUUUGUACAACUUCAUUGUACUAGGUCAAAAGUUCAUACAUAAGAUGUUUCAUAUUGUGUUGUAUUAAAGGCAAAAGAAAAUAUGUCUAUUAUGUAAGCAAGGCAAAUAAAAUUACUAAGUAGGAACCACUUGAAUAGAUAUUGACAAAGCUGGAAUAGAAUUUAAUUUAUCAUGUUAAACAAGGCUUCAGUGCGAUUCAUUUUUUGUCAGAAAUAUUGACACAUAUUUGGCCAUUGAAAAUAAAAGUGCUUUUAUUUUCUGUC